UGGCGAUCGGGGUCGAUCGGUGGCUGCGGGUGGCCAGGGCGGCCCCGGCUCCCGUGGGCCGGCAGUGAGCGGGCGGGGCGGGCCCGGGGCCAUGCCCAGGCGGCUGGCGGGGCCCCCGCGGGCCCCCCACGGGGAGGAUUUCUCCUUCGUGAGCCCGCUGGUGAAGUACCUGCUCUUCUUCUUCAACCUGCUCUUCUGGAUGAUCUCGAUGGUGAUGGUGGCCGUGGGCAUCUACGCCAGGCUGAUGAAGCACGCAGAGGCGGCCAUGGCCUGCCUCGCGGUGGAUCCCGCCAUCCUGCUCAUCGUGGUCGGCAUCCUGAUGUUCCUGAUCACCUUCUGCGGCUGCAUCGGCUCCCUGCGUGAGAACAUCUGCCUGCUGCAGACGUUCUCAAUCUGCCUGACCUUAGUCUUCCUGCUGCAGCUGGCAGCUGGAGUGCUGGGCUUUGUCUUCUCUGAUAAGGCACGCGGGAAGGUGAGCGAGAUCAUCAACAACGCCGUCGUGCAUUACCGCGAUGACCUGGACCUGCAGAACCUCAUCGACUAUGGGCAGAAGGAGUUCAGUUGCUGUGGGGGUAUCUCCUACAAGGACUGGUCCCAAAACAUGUAUUUCAACUGCACGGCCGAUAACCCCAGCAGGGAGCGCUGUUCUGUGCCUUACUCUUGCUGCCUGCAUGCAGCUGAUCAGGCCGUCAUCAACACCAUGUGUGGCCAGGGGAUGCAAGCCAUGAACUACCUGGAGGCCAGCGAGUUCAUCUACACCAACGGCUGCAUCGACAAGCUGGUGAACUGGAUCCACAGCAACCUCUUCCUGCUGGGGGGCAUCGCGCUCGGCUUGGCCAUUCCACAGCUGGUGGGAAUCCUGCUCUCCCAGAUCCUCAGCAACCAGAUCAAAGACCAGAUCAAGCUGCAGCUCUACAAUCAGCAGCACCGAGCGGAUCCUUGGAACUGAAACCCAACCGAGACGAGCGAGGGCUUCCUUGCUGGGGAAGUGUUUCUCGCCCCUCCGGCAGGGAACGGCGUGGGGAGGAAGAAGAGACCUGCAUUUUUCCCCUGCGAUUGCUCACCCUGCCCGGGACGGGAUAUGGGGGUAGCCCCCCGGAGAGCAGAAGACCCCCCCGCAGCCCCCAAGGCCCGCAGCGAGAAGCUGCUGCAUCUCAGGCAUCAUCUGCAGCGUCCCCGCCCAAGUAACUGACAUCGUGGUCCCUUUUUUGGGCAGCGUUUUUUGGGGUUUGUUUUUUUUUUUUAAGAGGGAAAAGAGCAAAAUAUUUCCCAGCUGCCCUCUCUGGGAAUUGCCUUGAGAGCUGGCUUGGCUGCGCCUUCCCCUAGAAGGCUGACGCAUUGGUGCUACUAGGGCACAGCUGGGCUGGCUGGUAUGGAAGGGAGGUAAGUGGGUGGGGGUAUAAUGCAGGUACAAGCUUCUUUCCUCUUGUGUGGUCUUGGAGCACGGGGAGGGGGGCCUUGCCAGCUUCCCAGCCCUGGACCAGCUGCCUGUAUCCAGAUGGGAGUGACACCAGACAGGAGAAUGAUCAGCCCCCGACCCUGCACUGAUCUUUACUGAUGCUCCUCUGGCUUAAAUAUAUCAGGAGGGGGCUGCUAAGGGGGGAGGGCUAGAGGAUGUAACUAGUUGCCAAAAACCAGACUCCGGGGGGGGGAGGAGGGGCAGGAAUGGGGUCUGGAGCCCAGCCCUCCAGGGCACUGACUCCAGUCUGGGGGCACCGUCUGAGUCUGAAGUGGGUCUUGGGCACGGGAUAUGAAGCCUUUCACUGCUAGGGCUUCCAGUCCCUGCCCAGGCAGGGCUGACCGUUGUUACUCUCUGCCGGGGAAGACUCACCGCGGUCCCUGGCAGGGCUGGUAUCUCCGCAGCACACAGCUGGGUUGCCUUGGAGGUGACUGUUUGGGCUCUUGGAAACCUCCCGAGAGGCCGAGUUUCUCAAAGCUGAUCCCUGUGGCAGGCAGCAGCUGUCAGCGGCUCUGGGAAGCCCUCAAUCUGUGGGUUUGUAGUCUAGCCGGAGGCCCUCGUGGGUCUUGGCUCUGGACUCUCGAGUUCAGUGGACACAGCCAAAGAUCAGAGGGUGCGUUGGCUACUCCAGGUCCAUCCGAUGUGGCCCGCGGCCCCGGGAGCUUGGCUGUGGGAAGGGACUGAAGCAGCAGACCCUCAAGCAUAGAGCAGAGACUGCAGUGGAGUGGCCAGUUCUGGGCACAGAAGAGUCCAGUUGGCAGGGCCAUCAAUGGUGGUAGCUUCUACCAGUCUGGCUACACAGAAUUCAGCUCCCCCAAGCCUCGAAUUUUGGGAUUUUAAACCCUCAGAGCAGCUGCUUUCUUGCUGAGCUCUCUCUGCUGUGUGUACGAUGAUGCUCCUGAUUGGAUCCAUCCGCAGGGAUUGAACCUGCGAUCUCUGGCUCUAGAAACGUAAGCUGCUACUGUUUGAGCUAAAGGACCAAGUCUGUUAGCUCAGCCAGGAACAGGCUCAAAAACCUGUGUCCAUGGUGUCACCGCUAAGGGGGACGAAGUCACACUGUUAACACAGAGGCAGGAGGAGGUAAGCAGUUUUGUAUCCAAACGCUCUAUACCUAUCCAACAUUGCUGGCGAGAGAUGCCCACCCUACCCCCUUGUGUAAGGCAGCGAUGAGGGGCGGCGUGGCAGGAAGCGAUCGGGGUAACGGGUUUGCAGUCGUCAGCCUGGCGUGGGUGACCCAGGCAGGAUGGGACUGAGAGAACACAUCCGAUGAAGUGAGCUGUAGCUCACGAAAGCUCAUGCUCAAAUAAAUUGGUUAGUCUCUAAGGUGCCACAAGUACUCCUGUUCUUUUUGCAAAUACAGACUAACACGGCUGUUACUCUGAAAAAAGGAAAAGCAGUACAGCAUCUCUUCCCAUAGGGUUUGCUGCAUCCGAACCAGUGGCUCAUCCAUCUAGUGAAGAUAUUUGAUACUGGGGGGCUCCUUAGCCUAGCAGGCAAAGGUGGAACAUGAUCCCAGGGCUGGGAGUUGGCAGAGUUGAAACUGGAAAUAUGGUGCAAAUUGUUCCCAGUAAUGGACCAUUAGAACAGCUUCCCCAGGGAUGGGGCUGCUUCUCCAUCAGGUGGGCCCUUUGCAUCGAGGCUGGGUGACUUUCUAAAAGUUGCCCCAAUUCAACCAUACAUUAUGGGCCUGAUCCAGGCGUCACUUGGCAGAAUUCUCCAGCCUGUGCUCUGCAGGAAGUCAGAUGAGAUGUUCGUAACAGUCCCUUGCGGCCCUAAUGCCUGUGGGCAGCUUAUCUUGGACAGGGGCUGGUGCCAGGUGGUCAGAGGAAGGUACAACCAUUCUUCCCCUCCGCCAGUAACACUCAGUUAGCGUGUGCCCUGCAAACACCACUAGCUGCCCCACGGUGGAGGGCGAGACCCCAUGAUCUGUGUGUGUGUUACCUCUGUGGAUGGACAUCUGCCCGUGUUCUCUCCUGGCCCCAAGAGGCAGCAUCUCCUCCUGGCAUGGAGAGGCUGUCACGGGCCUCUGGGAACAUGCACAGAUAGAUAUUUUGAACACUGUACAAAGGGUGGGAACGGCACAGACUUCUCUCUUUUUGGAGGUUUGUAAGUAACACAUGGGUUCGAUAUUUGUCUGUGAAAUUAACUCCUCUGUGAUGUUUUCCUUUGCUUCUGCGGAGAAUGAAAGCAAGUCGGGUUCUGGCUGAAGUUAUAGUUUGGUUUUCUCUGUACUGCACCUGCCCUGAA